AUGUUUGCCGAGUUCCCGAUAGCUGCCGAAACGAUAUUCUACCGAUCAGCCCUUUCUUUUGCAUUCGUCAACUUGAAGCCAGUGCUUGAUGGACAUGUCUUGGUUAGCCCAAAGCGUGUUUGCUACCAUCUCACGGAUCUCACCGACGCUGAAACGGCUGAUUUGUUUGUAGUUUCGAAAAAAGUCCAAAGAAUGUUAGAAAAGGUGAGAGAUUUGCUUUGA